AUGUCCUCCAUCCACUUCAUUUGCCAGCGCUGCAGCCAGCCCCUGAAGCUGAAUCAGUCCCUGGAGACCCUGGGCCUCAACACCACCCAAGAUCCUGCAGCUUCCACGCUCGCCUCAGCUCAGGGGAGUGCAGGAGAAACCCAGGAAGGAGGCCCUACCUCCGGAGGGGAGACAGAUACUGAAGAGCUACAGGAUGGUGCCUCUUGCAGGACCCUGUCUGGCCAUGGCAGGUUGUCCAAGGACAAUUCCAACUACUUCAUCCUGCUUGGGAAGUUGAACUCUGUGAGAACUCUCAAUAGCACUCAGAAGGCUACUAGGGACAUUUUUGACAUCCUCUCUGCUGAAAAAGCUGUGGACCACCCCCUGUGUGAGGACUGUACUGACAAUCUUUUAUUGCAGCUGGACACCCAACUGGCUCUUACAGAAUCUGACAGUCAGAGCUACAAACGCUGCCUGGAGACCAGGGAGAGUACCAGUGAGGACGAGAGGGAGACACUGCAGGAGACACUGAAGGGCUUGGAGCUGGAGGAGGCGAGGCUGGUCCAGGAGCUGGAGGAGGUGGAGAAGAACCGAGACAGAGCAGCAGCCGAUCUCAAGGCAGCCCAGGCAGAGACAGAGACGCUGUCCCAGAACGACAGGCAGUUGCAGAGGGACUACAGUAAAUUGAAAUGGCAGCAAUUGGAACUUCAUGACGAGCUGAGGAGCGUGAAGAACCGGCUGUGGUACGCCCAGACCCAGCUGGACUGGCUGGAGAAAAUCAAUGUCUUCAGUGCGACAUUUGAGAUCUGGCAUGAUGGCCCCAUGGGCAUCAUCAAUAACUUCAGAUUGGGCUGCCUCCCCACUGUCCCUGUCUGCUGGAAGGAGAUUAAUGCAGCCUGGGGACAGACAGCCUUGCUGCUCCUUGCCCUGUCCAACACCAUUGGACUGGAAUUUCAAAGGUAUCGACUCAUCCCCUGUGGAGACCAUUCCUACCUAAAGGCUUUAACAGAUGACUCCAUUGAACUGCCAUUGUUCUGUAACGGCGGGCAGAGUGCUUUGCUGAAUAACAAAUUUGACCAGGCGAUGGUGGCUUUCCUGGACUGCAUGCAGCAGUUCAAGAAAAAGGCCAAGAAAGGCGAGUUGGGCCUCUGCCUGCCCUACAGGAUUCGCGUGAGGAAAGGCCUGAUGGAAGACCCUGGAGGCAGGGGUGCGUUCUACUCCAUCAGAACCCACUUGAACACGGAGGAGCAGUGGACAAAGGCACUCAAGCUCAUGCUUACGAAUUUUAAGUGGAGUCUUGCUUGGGUAUCCUUAAGGUAUAGUCAAAAAUAA